AUGGAACUCAACCUAAACCGUGGCCACACUUCUCAGGCUCUGACCUUGCCUCACUCGCCUUCAUCUCCUGGCUCUCUGGCAGAUUUGUGUUCAGCCUGUGAGUCCCCAACCACCUACAUAGUCAAAUCCUCGUCGUCAGAACUGAAACGAAAGGACGACAGCCCUCUGAAAGGCAAACAGCCGCUCUCUCUGCCAGAAGAAGGAAUUCUGGAGGGUUGGAUGAAUGAAACAUACAUUUACGAUGCUGAGACUUUCCAUCCUUCAGCCUCACACUCUGUGUACGUGUCACUGGUGGGCAGUCGCCUGCAGCUCUCUGUCCCGAGUUCAAACAUCCCCCGAUGGGCAUCACUCAACAAACCCCCCCCAGAGCCUGAUGCCUUUGAGCACUCGCGAGUCUUUCAGCUCACCGACUGCAAGGUAUCCCUGUUGCCUUCUGGUUUGGCACGAAAAAGGAUAUGGAACAAGAAGUACCCCAUCUGCAUAGAUCUUUGCCCGGGAGAAGGCGAUGUACAGGAGCAGGGUAAAACAUCCAGCCUUUACCUGUUCGGCCGCACAGGCAGGGACAAGGAGGAGUGGUUUCAGCAUUUUAUUUCUGCUUCCAAGCCUGAGACAACCAGCAGUGAACGAGAUGAGGGAAAAUCCAAUGCAGCAUGUGUUGGAGAAACUGUUCAAGAGGCUUGUGAAGAGCUGGUCGACUUGACGGGAGCUAUGAAAACAAGGACUUUGAUGGACUACAGCACCUACAUGGCUCAGCUGAUCGAUGCUGAGAGUCAUGAAGCUAUCUCGAGUCCAAAGGAGAAGGAAGUCCCCCUUGUGUCAAAAAACAAUGAGAUUGUGGAUACAGACAGCACACAUGGUGUUCUGCCAGGAGAAGAGGUGGCUGCAGAUGUGGGAACCCCUGGGAUCUCAGGAGAGGAACAGUGCCACUGGAUAAACUCCCUUGUUGGACGAAUUUUUUGGGACUUUCUUAGGGAAAAGUAUUGGACUGACCAGGUGUCACACAAGAUUCAGAAGAAACUCAGCAAGAUCAAGUUGCCCUACUUUAUGAAUGAACUGAAACUGGCAGCUCUUGACAUGGGCACUUGUCUUCCUCAAGUCAUCAGCACAUCAAAACCAGCACUGGAUCACAGAGGUCUUUGGCUGGAAAUGGAUGUGACGUACUCAGGGUGCCUUCAUAUGACCCUCGAGACAAAGAUGGAUCUGUGCAAGUUGGGCAAAGAUGGUGAAGUCCAAACUGAAAGUAUUCAAGAGUCUCCGCAGCUUAGCUCUAAACCACGACAGUCCAUACUAGCUGACAGUGACGAAGAGUCAUCCAGUGCUGGGUCAUCCGAUGAAGAGGAUGUCUUUGAACCGCUCGGUCCCCCAGGAGAGAAGAGCACGGUUGUAGUGCCCGAUGGCGGGAACAGCACGGGUAGAAAGUUUCUCCAAUUUGUGGAUAAGAUUGCGAAGUCCAAGUACUUCCAGAAGGCCACAGAAAAUGAGUACAUCAAAAAGAAGAUUGCAGAAGUGUCCAAGAUGCCGCUGAUGCUCAGUGUGGAGGUCCAGGAGUUGUCCGGGACUUUGGCCAUCAACGUCCCCCCACCCCCAACUGACAGAAUAUGGUACAGCUUCCGUGUGCCUCCGCAGUUAGACCUCCACGUCAGGCCUAUGCUUGGGGAGAUGGAGGUCACAUUCACACAUGUUACUGAGUGGAUAGAAAAAAAGCUUCAGUGCGAGUUUCAGAAAGUAUUUGUAAUGCCCAAUAUGGAUGAUCUUUAUCUGCCACUGAUGACUUCUGGCCUGGACACUCACAGCGGUGCACCUGUGUCCCAGCAUUCAUCUGUGGCUUCAUCCCAACAAUCCUCUGUAGAGUCUCAGGACUAUUUAUCCGAAUAG